AUGAAAACCUAUAAUUUUCGGAUUAAUCGACCCAAACUUGGUGAUGGAUUCUUUACAAAACUUCAUCUGAGAGAAUUCUCAGAUGAUCAAAUUAUUCAAUCAAAAACAAAAGCUUCACCAAAAACAAGAUGGCUCCGUGGUAUUGCUGGUCACAUACAACAAGUUAUCUUUCGAGCAACAGCUGACCGCGCCAAAGGUCAAAAACGUAUUGGAAAAAUUGCUCUCUCCAAUGCUGCUGUUGUAGCAUCAUUAGAACAGAUUGGAAUUACAAACAAAUGGGUGGCUUGUCCUGAUAUAAUUCAACUGCUCAAUCUUCAUACAUCAUUUAUCAAGGGAGAGUAUAUGAAAAAAGCAAGUAGAAUUGAAUUCAAACAGGUUCAAAAAAUAUUUCACUAUUUUGAUAAUCAAAAUAGAUCUUGCCAAACACAGAUUGCAAAUUUCUUAUUUUUUCGAUUUCUCAAAGAGACGGUUCUUGUACAGCACAUGAAUUAA